UCAUCGCAUACCUGAGCCAAUUCUAGAUAGUUCUAAAAUCUCUUCCGCGCACCAGUUCUUCUCCAACAACGGCCGACGUUGACUGUGUAUUUCCCACCAAACAACCAUCUUUCUAAAGAAUUCGAUUUCGAUAUUCGAUUCAUCACUCGACAUUUAAAUUGAUCCCAAUCUUUCGAUCCUCCCAGCACCACAUAGCCCAAUCGAAUAAAUAAUAUGGCCGGUGAAGACCUUGCUAUCACCUCGACUUCUGUCGAGAAUGUCCCCAACAGUCCUUCUCGCAAGGUGUCUGAAGAUGGACUAUUAUUGCAGGAAGACAAGGAAAUGGCUGCCAUGUACGCCAAUGCUGCCGCCGCAACAGAAAAGGAACAGAACAUGACUCUUCUAGAGGGUCUCCGAUUGUAUCCCAAGGCCAUCGCCUGGUCUAUCCUCAUCUCUUCAUGUUGUGCCAUGGAAGGCUACGACAUCUCUUUACUUGGUAACUUCUACGCGUUUGACCCUUUUAACCGAAAAUUCGGUGUGGAACUCGAUGACGGUACUUGGCAGGUUCCUGCACGAUGGCAAACGGGGCUGUCAAACGGUGCCCAGUGUGGGCAGAUCAUUGGUUUGAUCGUCAACGGUAUUUUCACUGAACGAUAUGGUUAUCGAAAGGUUCUUAUAGCGAGUCUUCUCUGGCUUGCGGCUGUUAUCACCAUUUUCUUCUGCGCUCCCAACAUUCAAGUCCUCCUUGCAGGUGAGAUUUUGGCCGGUAUUCCUUGGGGUGUUUUCCAGUCUAUUGCCAUUUCCUAUGCCAGUGAUGUCUGCCCUAUCGCUCUUCGUGGCUACUUGACCUGUUAUGCCAACUUCUGCUGGGGUUGGGGCCAGCUCAUAGGUGUCGGGGUCAUCAGGGCUAUGUUCUCACGUGAUGAUCAGUGGGCUUAUCGUAUCCCUUAUGCUGUUCAGUGGGUAUGGCCUCCUCUCAUUCUCGCGGGUGUCAUCUUCGCUCCCGAAUCUCCUUGGUGGUUGAUUCGACACGGCCGACUGGAAGAAGCGAAGAAGUCUCUGAUGCGCCUUGCCUCCCCGAAACGCAAUGUCUCUUAUGACGUUGAUGAGACUGCCGACAUGAUCCGUCACACUACUGAACUCGAAAAGGACAUUACUUCCGGUGCUUCUUUCUUGGACUGCUUCAGGGGUGUGGACCUCCGUCGUACUGAAAUUGUUUGCGCCAUCUGGAGUAUGCAGAACCUUUCAGGUAACACUUUCAGUAACUACAGUACCUACUUCUUUGAGCAAGCUGGUCUCACGGGUACUGUCCCUUACGAUUUCGCUAUGGGACAGUACGCAAUCAACAUGGUCGGUGUCUUUGGCGCCUGGAGUCUUAUGGCCCUUGGGUUCGGUCGAAGGCAGCUUAUCCUCAUUGGUCUAUCUGGUCUCUUUGUCGCUCUCUUGAUCAUGGGCUUCAUGGGCUUGAUCCCGGAUUCUAAGCAAAGGGAAGCUGGUUUGGCUACUGGUUCUCUCAUGUUGGUCUGGGCUAUCUUCUACCAGUGCACUGUAGGUACCGUUGCUUAUUCCUUGGUCGGUGAAAUUGCUUCUCGACGACUCUCGAUCAAGACCGUCGCUCUCGGGCGUGCUGCCUACAACGUUAUUGCCAUCAUCUGCAAUGUCCUUACUCCUUACAUGAUCAACCCUACCGCUUGGAACUGGGGCAACUACGCUGGUUUCUUCUGGGCCGGUUCUUGUUUCCUCUGUCUUAUCUACGCAUACUUCCGUGUACCGGAACCUUCCGGCCGAACCUAUGCGGAGCUUGACUUGCUCUUUGAGCGCAAGAUCUCUGCUCGCAAGUUCGCCAGCACCCAUGUCAACGCUUUCGAUGUCGCCCUUCACCACCAGGUCGGUGAAGACAAGGGCGUCUCUGACCACGUCGAGAAGGCCUAAAUUUGUCAAAUUAUCUUCUAAAGGAGAUGGGAAAAGCGUUUAGCAUCUUGUUGGCAACAAAGAGUACCAUCUUCUAUAUACAAGUUUUAUAACUCUAGGAUCUUAUAGAUCUGUUUUAUGAUAAGGAAUCCGGGUUUAAGAAUCGUUUCAUCUUUUUGUUAGGUUGUGUCUUCAUAAAUGUAAUAGAAUUAUAUUAGAUCUCGGUGGAUAUAUGUCGGCAGCAGUUAUGCAUAAAUGCUCAUGC